AUGUUUUUAGAGCCUGGGAAAUUUUGGAUUGGAGAAUGCUCUUUGGGUUUACCUGUUGCUCAUGCUUGUGUGGCGGCUUUUGAUGCUCUUGCUGCAGUUGGGGAGGUAAAUGCAGUACGUAGAGAGGCCCUUAUCAGUUGGAUUAGACCGCCUGAUGGUUUUGUUGUUUUGAAUACUGAUGGAGCUUUUCGCAGAAAUUCUCUUUUAGCUACUGCAGGAGGUGUCUUUCGCAGUCAGAAUGGGAUUUGGUUGGGAGGAUUUUUGGUCAAGCUGGCCAUUGUAACACUUUUAGAGUGGAACUUUAGGGUAUUUACACUGGUUUGCAGGAAGCAUGAAAGAAUGGGUGGCACAAGGGAAGCUAAUACUAUUGCUGACCAUAUGGCCAACUUGGCUUUUGAUCAGAUAGAUCGUUUCAUUUGGUAUGAUGGCCCCCUAUCAAGCGCAAGCCUUCUUCUCUUUGGAGAUAUUAUAGGAGCUGCUCGUCCACGGAUGAUUCGCUCAUAA